AUGAAGAGAUCACUCCUAUCCUUGGCAGCCGGCAUUACCGCCGCCGCGGCGGCGCAAACUUCAUACCUGGCCUGGGCAACGGACUCCUUCCUCAGGCGCGGCGUCACCCAGGAUUUCCACUACACGACGGCAACGUUGUACUUGGGAUACGAGGCUGCGUACAGCUUGACCAAGAAUGAGACUCUCUAUUCGUGGUAUCAGAGCCAGAUUGACGGAAUCCUCAAUGAUGACGGCACGAUCAAGAAGUGGAACUAUUCGUUUCACAGCCUUGACGAAUACCAAUCACCAAGAGUGCUAGGCUCCUUUGUCCACGAAGCAUACCCUGGGGAUCUGGCGGCUGACUGGUGUCUCAAGCGCAUUGCCAACAACUUCAUCUACUGGUACGAAGAGACUGGCGAUGAGAAGUACAAGAAUGCCGCAGAUAUCGUUCGAAACCAGAUGAACAACCACCCACGCACUCCAUCCGGAGGCUUCUGGCACCGCGAGCCCACUUACCCCAACCAGAUGUGGUUGGACGGUAUCUUCAUGGCUGAUAGCUUCUACGCGAAGUGGACAAGCCUAUAUGACGCCGAUAACACCACUGCAUGGGACGACAUUCUUCUGCAGUUCGAUAACAUUGAAGCUCAUUGCCGCAAUGCCACCAGCGGACUACUGGUGCACGGCUAUGACGAAAGCAAGAAAGCGGUCUGGGCAGACCCAGUGACCGGGGGAGCUCCUUUGGUUUGGAAUCGCGCCGUGGGCUGGUACUUCAUCUCCCUUCUCGAGGUCCUUCCCAUCUGGCCCCAAUCGCACGCAGGAUACGCCAAGCUCCUCAACUACUUCACGACACUUGCCGCAGCUCUGAAAACUACACAAGAUGAGUCAGGCGGUUGGUGGCUGAUCAUGAACGAGCCUUACCCCGGAGCCGAAGGGAAUUACAUUGAGAGCAGCGCAUCGGCAAUGUUCACACUCGGCUGGCUGAAGGGUAUUAGACUUGGAUAUAUCAGCAGUGAUGAAUAUCUCGAGGUCGCGAAGAAGGGCUAUGCGCUUCUGACCGAAGACUUUGUGAUUCCCAACGCGAACGGAACCAUGAGCUGGGAUGGUACGGUCGUAGUUGGUUCCCUCAGCAGCAACGGAUCAUACGAGUACUACAUCAACGUGCCGAUUGCGAUGAAUGACUACAAGGGUGCUGGGCCUUUCAUGUUGGCUGCGUAUGAGAUGGAAAGCUGGGCCUCAAGUGCAUAA